AUGACGACACCAACAGCAUUGACUUCCGCCGGCGGGAAGCGGAGGUCCCGCUCAGAAGGGGAAAGCGACAGGGCAAGCUCAGUACAGCCGAGCAGUCCCGGUGGCUCGUCCUCACGAUCAAGCGCCAAGCAGCAAAUACGGCACCGGGCGUCGGUUGCGUGUGCUUCGUGCCGCGAGCGGAGGAUACGGUGUGUUGUAAGCGAGGGCGAGUCCGAAUGCACCCAAUGCAGACGGACAGGGGCGACGUGCAUCAUCAAAGAUGAUGAUGAACGGAGGAGACCCAUCUCGAAGGCGUACAUGUCAUCCCUAUCGACCCGGAUCAGUUUGCUUGAGGGAAUGCUGAAAGAUCGCGGAGUGGUUCCUCCUCCAGCGAUACACCCACCGAAGACGAGACAGGAGGCACAAGCGCGGCAACACGAGGACCAAAGCCAAGACGGACACCACUAUCAACACCAGCAGACCAACCAUGAGCCAUUCGUGAGCUUAGAGCCACUACUGAGCCCAGGCACGAAAGCAACACCCCCAAUGUUCCAUCACCCUCCCACUCCACCAGGCUCCGGCGACGAAGACGCACUCACAGCCGAGCCAGACUACGCUACAGGCAUCUCGACAACCGAACCGACCAACUUCACCGCCCUUAUCGACCCUGUUCUCCUCCAAGAACCACCAGAACCGCAACCCACGCCAAAACAAGCCCCACCCCCUCAAGAAACCAGCAUCCGCCAUAUCCUCGCCUCCCGAGGAAGCCUAAUCACCGACCCAUCGACCCAUCAAACCCGCUACUUCGGCCCGACGGCCAACAGCCACGUCUACGCACCACCAUUACCUUCACAUUCAACCCUCAUUCCCACGCAGCCAGACCCCGCUUCGCAACAACACACCCGCCGCGCGGAACAACUCCUAUACUCUCUCCCGCCAUCGAUACACGACCACCUGCUAGGCCGGUUCUGGGAGUACUACAAUGCCUGGCAGCAGGUGGUUCACCAAACAGCCUUUGAGACAGGGCGGGCGACACGGGACGGGCGGUUUUAUUCGGUAUUUCUGCACCUGACCAUGCUGGCGGUGGGGUUCCGGUUUGCGGACUGGGAGAGGGAGGACGUGAAGAGGUUGGCGGUGGACGGGCGGGAGAGUGUGAUGCACCGAGUGGCGAGGGGGUUGGUGUUGGGAGAGCUGGGGCGAUUGGGGGGGUUGGAAGGGGGGACGCAGAUGGGGAGUGUGCCGGGGGUGCAGGGGUUGUUGAUGCUGGCUGCGGCGGAGUGUGGAAUUGGGAGGGAUGCGGCGGGGUGGAUGUAUUGUGGAAUGGCGGGCCGAUUGGCGUUUGAUAUCGGGUUGCACGUUAGCUGCGCAACGGUACCGGGCAUGUCAGAACUCGAAAAGCAGACCCGACGACAAGCAAUGACGGCGUGUGUCAUGCUGGACCGCAAGUGGGCGCUCUUUCUUGGGCGUCCCACUGCGAUCAAGACCCACGACAUCGCUCACGACGUGCUCCCCAGGGCUGGCUACCACCCAGGCCUCGGCAUACCCACGACUACCAGCCGCGUCACCGACAUCCACCGACACCUCUUCGAGCUGCUCGACCUUGCCGGGAAAGUUGCUGACUUCCAAAACACGACCUACGGCGCGGCCCACGAAUUCCCAACCAAGGACCUCGAAGACCGCGCUUACCUGCGCUUUGUAGCGCUAGAACGCCUCUUCCACACUUGGUACCGUCGCCUGCCUGAGUAUCUGACCUGGACGCCCACCAACGUUGAAUCGGCGCCGGUGGGCUUUUUCAUGCUACACCAGCACUUCCACGAGUGCAUGGUUCUGCUGCACCGGCCAUGGGCCAAAUACGGGCCGUUGUCCCUCGAUGGCUAUUCCUCAACCAGCGCCGCCCGGUAUCCCAGCCCAGAAUCACCAUCCAACCAAACCCACGGCCACAAGGGUCCAACCGGGAUGAACGACCUCCCCCCAUGGAUGACCACGGCCUUCUCCCCCCAGCCACAGCCCGACAACCGCGCUUCGCUCUCCCGCAGCAUGUGCACCCAACACGCGAUCCGCAUCGUGCGCGUCUUUGCGCACUACCGCCAGCGUUUCGACGGGCGACGUGUGGUGCUCUGCGCAGUCCAACACGCGGGAACGGCCGCGUUAGCGCUGAUGGCGGCACUAGCGCACAAGAGCGCGGAGCUGGACCACCAUAGUAAUUUACGGUACCUGCAGGUGCUGUCGACUGCGAUUUAUGAUCUCAGCCAUUUGUAUGCGCCAGGCGCGAGGAUGUAUCAAUUGUUGAAGCGGAUGUUGGUCGAGAUUCGGGAGGAGAUGGCCAAAAAUGGAGGUUGGGGGAUUGGUGCGCUCGUAGGGGGCCGCUAUCAGAGCAGCCGUCCCGGGUACUGGCCUCCUGGCAAUGAGAACGAGAACGAGAAUUCCCUCCGCGGCCAAGUCGACCGACUAGAGAUCAUCCAAGAGGAAGAGCCCGAGUACGCCCGCACACACAAACGCCGGCGGCUAUCAAGCCUGUCCUCAGCCGGCGUAGCCACCAUCUCGCCGUCCUUCCUCACCAACAAUACCUUCCAAAGUUGCCCUACGCCUCCAGCAACACUCGGUCAGUCCCCAUCUGAACCGGGGACGUUUGAUCUCGACUCGGUCCACGCCUCGUUCGUGGACUUUAUCAACCGCGGCGGCGAAGGCGAGGGCAUCGAUUCCUGGCCGCCGGCUGCUCUGGAGGGUGGUCCGCUGGGUGUUUCGAUUCCGACUGCUUCUGAAGAGUUGUCAGCUUCUGUUAUGGAUCCCAACCGUACGGCGGAACGCGGUGGCACCGAUGCGAACGCUAAUGCUGAUGCCCAUGUCUCGGUACCCGCGCAGGCGCAAACGCCCAAGACAAAUUCCCCAGACGACGAAACAUCAGCAGCCAAAACAAUCGAGGACUGGCUCGCCGAGCCAAGCAAGAUACCGACCCCUGCCGUUUCAAAAGCAAUAUCCUACUCUUCCGCUCUCCAAGCCCGAAAAAGCCUUUCCCACGCCACUGCCGACGGUACGCCCAUCUUGCGAGAUCCGCACGUCGUGUUCUUGGAGACGCACCUUGGCGGGGUCGACUUUGAUCUCGGUCCUGAUUCGGGAUUGGGACUGGGAGUGUUUGAGGCGGAGGACAUCGACACGAUACACGUCGCAGUAGACAAAAUGGACUGGGCCAUCCCCAACGUGGCUACGGCCGCGACCGCAACUGCCGCCGCGCCUCAUCUGGCAAGCACACCCGGCCCAACUAGUCCUUCCCUUCCAACAAACCUUUCAAUUUCAGGCCUUGGGGUGGUCACCCCACGGCCGGUGGACAUCCCGCCCUCGUCCACAACCCCCAUCACGCUGGAUGAGCUGGCGCAGAGUGUGGAAGAGGCGGUUGGGUCUGCGAGGGCGAGGGCUAAGGCAAGGGCGGAGGCUGCUGCUGCUGCUGUUGCUGCUGCUCCUACUACUACUCCCUCCCAUAGCAAUGAACUAGAGACUGGGGAUGCUUUUACGGGGAUGAGCCCUAUUGAGGAUACCGGAGCGCCUACAGCGAGUUCUGAGAAAGAUGGUGUUGAGAGUAGAAUGGCUACGGGUGGGGUGGUGGGCGAGGGUAUUGGGGGUCCGGGGGCGGUGGAGGUUGGAUCACCGGUUAGAGCGGGGAGUGAAUUGGACUUUUUGGAACUGUGA